AUGGAGUCAUUUUCUCGAAACAGUGGAUACCUGUCAAUGAACAAGGAAUCGAUCCAAGAACUAAUCGCAUUAGCCGUGGGUGAGAAACCAGACAUAGUCACUAUCAGAAUUGCUGUCGUCCGCGUAGACGGAUCCAACAACAAAGCCCUCCUUUUCCAAGAGCGGAGCGAUUACCCUCACGUCCGCGAAAUACUACAAUGCGAUCUCGACGACUCGAACACGCCGGUACGCGAUGUCAUCAGACGAAAAAUCACCAACGAUUUGGGCCUUGACGCUUGGAAGGUCGCGGGCAUCACCGAACCUAAGUUCUAG